AUGCCGAUCGACCUCAAGAAGGCGCUCAAGACGGACGACCCCAGGUGGGACAAGCUCAAGCAAGGCUACAAAAAGGUCGAGACGGGCGCUUGGAACGUGCUGGCUCCCGUGGGCGAGUGGACCAACCGCACUGCCGGCAAAUUCGGCGCUGAAUCCUUCUGGCCUACCGAGCUCGGCUUGGAAUGCGACAAGGCCGCUCGCAUCUUGCGCACCUUCACCACCAAGGGGGCCUCCGUCGAAGUAGAUGCCAACAAUGCAGCCGGCCUCAACGACCAGAACGCUGUGAUUCCACCUGCAGCACCGCAAUACGACGCCAAGGGCAAGAAGAUCAAGGAUCCGCACAAGUAUGACAGCCGCAAGACGCAGAAGGUCAUUCGCAAGAUCCCUCCCAAGGUGCUCCAAAAGGCGCACGGCCUUGCCAUCUUCACCGUCUUCCGCACCGGGUUUGGCUUCUCGGGAGCCAGCGGCUCCGGCGUUGUGCUUUCGCGGCUGCCAGAUGGCUCGUGGUCUGCGCCUUCCGGUAUCUUGAUCCACACCAUCGGAUAUGGGUUCCUCAUUGGUCUCGAUAUCUACGAUGUCGUCUUGGUGCUGCGUAAUCAGAAGGCGGUGGACGCGUUCAAGCACCCUAAGGUCAGCCUUGGUGGCGAGCUCUCUGUUGCCUUUGGACCCGUGGGUAACGGCGCACAAGUAGAGUCCGGCGUGGAGGCAGCACCGUGCUGGUCCUAUGUCAAGAGCAAGGGCUUCUAUGCCGGGCUUCAGCUGGACGGUACUAUUGUCCUCAAGCGCGACGACGAGAACGGACGCUUCUACAAGUCGCCUGGCAUUAAGGUCGACAGUAUUCUCUCUGGCCAGCUGCCCGGGCCUUCUCCUGCCGCUGUGACGCCUUUGUGGCAGACGAUCUACGCUGCUGAAGGUCGACCGGAGUUGAUGGGAACCGACCGCAUUCCUGAAGGUACCACACCGGGCGAUCUCGAGCUGACCGAAGAAGACAUGAAGCAUGCCAGCAAUUACGCCGAGCAGGAACAGUACCCACAGCAGCAGCAGCACCCAGGAGCAUCAGCAGCUCCAGUUGGAAGUUUCUCGGCUCGAAGAGUGCCGCCUCCUCCUUCCAGCACUGGUACAGCUGCAGCCUCGGGCUCGAGUACGACGUCCCCUCCGUACGCAGAUCUCCCACCUGACUACGAAUUCGCCAAUGCACCUGUCAAUGCACAGGGGGGAAAGCAAUUCGACGCUCCUGCUGAGCCUCACUCGUACCAGUCGAGUUCCAGUAAUCUCCCUCCGAACCCGUUCGCGCGUCCGUCCGAUGUUCCCGACGGGGCAUCCCAGUAUGAAACCGCUGAGCAGGAAAAGGCGAGACUCCAGCAGCAAUAUGCCGCGGCUCCGACAUCCGACGCCGCCCCUCAUGCUCCCUCAUCUCUUCCUUCGCAUGUAGAGGCCUUGUAUGACUUUGCUGGGCAGGAGCAGACUGACCUGUAUUUCAAGACGGGCGACGUCAUCCAGGUGACGGGGCAGGAAGACGAAAUGUGGUGGCGUGGUACCGUCGAUGGCCGCUCUGGCAUCUUUCCGUCCAAUUACACGCGUGCGGUGUAG